GGUGGAAGAACCCUGUGUACUAGACUACGAGAUUAGUUGCAAUAAAGGCAAUGCCUAACUAUAGCCUGUUUUACGGAAAAGCUCAUGCUACAGUAUUCCCUGGGCUGCUUCCAAUUGGCAUAUGUAAUACUACUUUCGACGAAAGCGCAUAUGGCAAGUCAUGUGCCAAGAUCACCGCAGUGUUGGGUUUCGCAAGGUGAUGCUCAAUGGCACGGUCAGGUUUAUCCUCGAACAACAAAACGAUAUAAGCUAAUCAAGGCGUAUAACUGGGAGAACAUACUAAGGCUACAUGUUUGCCAACCACUUCCUCCCUUCCUUCUUGAUAACCCCAAUCUCAACCCAUUCACAGGCCAUCACUUGCGUUUCAGCAGUUGACAACAGGAAACGUCACAUUGCUUGGACCCCGUUCAAGCCAGACAGCUGGACUGCAUACUCCCUGAUGGAACAAUCGAGCAUACUGCUCAAUCCAAACGUCAAUCCAACCGGCAACCCAACAGGAGUCGAACAAAGCAUCGCCGCUGAUCCGCAACCCGCCCGGGCUAUAGAUGACAACGGCCGAGGCGUAGACGGUUGUAUUUGGACAUGUCAGGACGUUGACGCAACUCUUGAGGAAUGCCUGGUGGUCGUCAAGGAACUGCGUCGUUGGUUCGGGACAAGCUAUCGGGUCUUAGUGUGUGCUCAGUGGGUUUACCAGAGGGGACUGCAAGCGGCAUUGCUAGGUACUCUUAUUUUCGCCUGGCGCAAUGUUUACCGUGGCCACGGUUGCGAGGCCGCCGAGAGGCAGGAUGAGCUGACGAACUAUCCGGCGGUGGAAUUCUAUGGUUGGCAUAUGACGAGCAAAGUAUUCUAUGAUAUACGUUUUUGCCGAUCAAGGGGGCCCGCUGGGGUGCUCCUCGCUCUGUUCGGUGGUCACGGGAAGCCAGGAAGGUAUUCGCUUCUUCGUCUUGGGACCGACGAUGUCCAUCUCGUUCUCUUUCCUGAGGGACUUUGGAGUCGCCCGGCAAGUGCAAUCUAUUCAGAUAUGGCCGUAGCCAUCCGGGGACGUCGCUAUUCACCAACAGUUUAUGGCUGGUCCCCUUUCAUCUUGAUCAUCGUCUUGAGGAUGAAGGAGACGCUGACUGUUGACUUGUCGUCAGGUAACCCUAGAAGUGCUGGGUUGUGGGCACAAGGAGAUUCAGUUACUUUCGUCCUACGAUUCGGUCAGUCGGUCAACUGGACAGGAAUGGUGAUUGAUCUACUGGGGCUCGCCUCCUAG